UCACUAAAAAAUGAUCAAAAAAUUAUAAAAUUCAUAAGAAAUAAAGUCGAAAAAAAUUAAAUUUAAAUAAAAUUUGACUCAAAAUCUUCGCUAAAAAUGAAUAAAGUCUCGAAAAUAUUUCAACCUUUGUUAAUUACUCCAAAAAAUGCCAAAAUUACCCACACGGAACUCACUUCCAAGAGUCAGAAGUUGAUGCUUGAGAUGGGUCUCAUUCGCUCAGGGUCAAAUGGAAUGUUUCACCUCAUGCCGUUGCUACAGAAAUCCGUCGAAAAGUGCAUUUCUCUCAUAGACGAGAGCAUGGGAGAGAUUGGAGGACAAAAAAUGACGAUGCCCACGUUGACUCCGAGCGAAUUAUGGAAGAAAUCCGGAAGAUAUGACACCGCAGCGACAGAAUUACUCAAAGUUAUCGAUCGGCAUGGAAAAGAAAGUGUUCUGAGUCCAACGCAUGAGGAAGCUAUCACGGCACUUUUGGCGACAAUUUCGCCGGUUUCGUAUCGGAGUUUGCCAUUGUUGCUUUAUCAGAUCACUCCCAAAUUUCGUGACGAGCUGAAACCACGUUUUGGACUCUUGCGAACAAAAGAAUUCCUCAUGAAAGACUUGUACACCUUCGACACAACUUUAGACAAGGCAAAGGAAACUUACGACAUCGUCAACGGCUCCUACGAGAAACUUUUCCACAAAUUAAACGUGCCUUUCUGCAAAGUUUCCGGCGACACGGGCAUCAUGGGCGGCUCCUUAUCGCACGAAUAUCAUUUUCCCGCGGCAAUUGGCGAAGAUUCUCUUCUCACAUGCGGCAAAUGUAGCUACAGCUGUAACGCAGAACUCUCAAAAGACUCCAAAAACUGCCCAAAAUGCUCUUCAAGUGACUUCCGAACGACUCAAGGCAUCGAAAUCGCCCAUUCUUUCGUGCUCGAAGACAAAUACACAAAAUCCCUGAAAGCGACGUACUUAAUGUCGAACGGAAAACCAAGUCCGCUUAUCAUGGGAUGUUACGGAAUUGGCGUGACACGACUUGUAGCUGCAGCCUUGGAAGUUCUUUCGUCGGAAAACGAGUUGCGAUGGCCUUAUAAAUUGGCGCCGUUCAAUAUUUGUCUUGUUCCUCCAAAAAGUGGGAGUAAAGAAGAAACUCCUGAAGUAAAAAAUCUCUGUGAGAUGUUGGAACGUGAAAUAAAUAAUUUUGCUGGCAAAAAUUUCCUUGUUGAUGAUCGCACAACAUUCACAAUUGGCAAAAGAUUGCUCGAAGCAAAACGGAUGGGAUAUCCUUUCAUUAUCGUUGUCGGUGAAAAAUCAAAUUCCGAGAAGCCUUUGUUGGAGUUUCAUGAUUUAAUGGAAAAUGACAAGAAAAUGUUGGAGCCGAACGAGUUAUUGACACAUUUAAAAGCUAAAAUAAAAAGUUUCGAGUCAUAA